AUGUCUGGGAGCCUGCUGGGAGAGGAUUUAUUGGUUAGAAGGCUGGCUGAUGGUGUGACGCCAUUCUGGAGGCUCAGCUAUGAAGAACAGCUCAAGGUGAAAUUUGAAGCUCAGAAGAAAAUUUUACAAAGACUAGAGCCUUAACUCCAAAUGUUCAAUGGAGUCAAAGUGACAACAGCUGCACCCAAAUCGGAGGGACUCUGUUGUCUUUUCCAUCCUAUUAUACCCUCUGGAAGCACUCACCUCCUGCCUGUCAUCGAUGGCUACUGAAAUAAGUCCACUUUUUCUGUGAACCGAGGUCCAGAUGGCAAUCUGAAGACCGUGGGGUACUACCUUGGAACUUGAAGAGACAGAAACAUCGUCUGUGUGCGGUCUAACCAUCUGAAAAACAUCCCUGAGAAACAUAGUCAAGUGGCCCAGUACUACGAAGUAUUCCUUCGACAGUCCCCAUUGGAGCCCUGCCUUCUGUUUCAUGAAGGUGGACACUGGCGUGAGCUCACAGUCUGCACCAAUAGCCAAGGGCACACAACGGCCAUCAUUACUUUCCAUCCCUAGGAAUUAAGUCAGGAGGAGCUCUGUGUUCAGAAGAAAACUGUAAAGGAGUUUUUCAUCAAAGGCCCAGGAGCAGUCUGUAACUUGACAUCAUUGUACUUCCAGGAAAGCACCAGGACCCACUGCAGCCAUCAGCAGUCCCCCUUCCAGCUCCUUUUUGAACCCCACAUCUUUGAAGAGCUCUUGGGCUUGAAGGUCUGCAUCUCUCCAGAUGCCUUUUUCCAAAUUAACACUGCUGGUGCAGAGAUGCUGUAUCGGACCAUGGGGAAGCUGAGUGGAGUGAAUUCUAACACCAUCCUCCUUGAUAUCUGCUGUGGAACUGUUGCGAUUGGUCUCUCUCUGGCUAAAUAUACCUCCCAGGUCCUUGGGAUUGAGUUGGUGGAGCAGGCGGUAGAGGACGCCAGGUGGACUGCAGCCUUCAAUGGUACACUGCUCACAGCAUCACCAACUGAAUUCUAUGCUGGUCAAGCAGAGAAGAUUUUGCCAUAGCUAAAGUCAAAGGAAAAUGGGCAGUUAAUUGUUGCUGUGGUUAACCCAGCCUGGGCAGGACUGCAUUACCAGGUGGUUCAAGCCAUUCGAAACUGCAGGGCCAUCCGCACACUAGUUUUUAUUUCCUGCAAGCCCUAUGGUGAAACCACUAGGAACAUCAUUGAGCUGUGUUGCCCCCCAAACUCUGCUAAGAAGCUUCCUGGCAAGCCUUUUGUCCUGAGACAAGCUGUGCCUGUGGAUCUGUUCCCCCACACCCUACACUGUGAGCUGGUGUUCUUCUUUACUCGAUAAGCAGCCUCCUUCAAGAUGGUGGGCUCUUCAUUAAGGCUGAAAUUUCAUUAACUUCCAGGUUUGGCAUAUUGUUACAUUGCAGACCCUGAGAGGGUUCCUGGGGAAAAUAAUCUUUGGAUCAUGAGUAGGAAGCAUAUAGUAAACCUUCCUACAUGAGCCAGAUUUAUUACCUUCGUUUUCAGCUUCCCUUGUUUUCAUGUGUGUUUGUUUGCUGUGACCACUCCUUGCCCCUGGAUCUGGACUGUUCCUUUUGUUGUCAGCCUGUCCUGGCUCCCUCAGUCUGAAACUGCCUGUGGUGUGGCGACAACUGAGUUUUUCUCAGCAUCUCAUAAUAACGUCAUACUGUCUCAGGUCUCUCUUUGCCCAGAGAUUUUAUUAGAUAUGUUCUGUGUUCUUGAGUUACCAAGAAUUAGGACUAGAAUCAAAUCUAGCAUUUUUCAAAAAGCAGAGUAAGCUAUAAAGUGAUUUCAGGGUGACUGCAUGAACUCAGUAGAGCUUCAGUCCUUUGGGUUUUCUAGGCUUUGAGGCUUCCAGAAUACCCUUUUAAAAUGUGGUUACUCUUAGGAACAAUAGCACCAAUUAGUUCUCACCUGUGGAGGGAGAAUUGGUCUAAUAGAGACCCCAUGGGAAAGGAGAUCUUCAGAGAAGAGACUGACUACCUACAAUUGUGCUGCAUAGUGUAGAGACAAAAAGCUCCAGAACCCCCUUAAUGAUCUAGUCCAGUGAUGGGCAACCUUUUGAGCUUGGUGUGUCAAACUUCACAAAAAAACUGAGCAUAACUCGGGUAGUGUGUCACUUAGAGGAAAAAACAUUAUUUCACAAAUGUUUCAUCCUCAGGAGCAGCGAAUGUUUCAUCCUCGGCAUGCGGCCGCCUCAGCGGCCACAUGUCAUCAGAAAUGGCUACGCGUGUCAGUGCUGACACGCGUGUCAUAGGUUCGCCAUCACUGAUCUAGUAUGUACUAUAAUAAACUGG